GUUUUCCACGUUCCAUGACACCACGGCAUAUGUAGCCUUCUUGCGGAAUGAUGGCAUGUGCGCAUGCUGGCGUGCCAAGGACCAAAUUGGCCUCGAGCACUGCGCAUCGUGCUGGGGCGCAGCUGUUGCCGAGGAUGGAUUGGCACUCUUCGACACUUCUCGUGGCAGGCUCCCAAAGUGGAUUGCUAUGCACUUCUCGGCGUCUCAGAGUCAGCCAGCUUGGAAGAUAUCCGUAAAUCAUAUUUGCAGCGAGCAAAAAAACUCUCAUCCAGAUGUUGCCGGUUCAGGCAACGAGAUGGUUCAGCUGAACCUGUGCUACGAAGCCUUGACGCAAAAGCGCAAAGAGUAUGACGCUGCCAAAGGUGUUGCAGGAAAAAGAACAACAUCUAGUUUCGGCACAAAUACUCGAGAAGCUUGGUGGCGCGCACAGGGAGGCUUUGACGAUUUUCAGGACGACUACUAUCCGUUUCACUUUGAAGAGUUUGCAGAACGAAGGUGGCGUCCAAAGAAACAAGCUCCCGAGCGUGAGCCCCGUGAGCAGCGCCGCCCCACAUGGGAAGAGUUUGCUGAGAUGUGGGACGAAAAUGAGUUCCAAGCCCAAGAUGUGCGAGGUCGGCGGAAUCGCAAGCGCUACAGGAGAGGGAAGUAUGCAAUGUACGAAGAGAGCAGUGAUGAGGACGAGUGGACCCCACCACCGCGGGCUCGAGGGCGCAAACAGCGAGAAUCCUUUCACCAGGAGGCGCCAAAUGCUUCCAGUGAAGAGGUGCCGGAGGAGAUGUGGGUAGAGAUCUCUGGCCGGAACUCGCACUGGGCAUCCAUCGGUGGCUCGUUUGCAAAGCUAGAAAAAGCUUUCAACGGCCGGCCGGCUUUUGAAAGGAUGGGCGAGCCAAGCCUCUUCAUGUUCUGGAGCCAACAAUUUGGUGACUGGAAGAUUGCGGAGCGCCUGCAAGAUGACGGUGCUUGUGUUGGCUUUGCUGAAGACAUGAAAGGCCGAAGGAGGCCAUGGCUCCAGCAUCCCACCCUUCGGUGGCGUUUAUGGGACCCAACGGCAAGACGGUUUGUACCGCGGCGUCUAAACAUCGAUGCUUGCGCAGAUGAACCCCCAGGCUCUGAACAGACCGAGGCUGAGGACGAUGACGGCUCCGUGCCGUGGUCGCGACCUCAUUGGUCUCAGUGGUCCACCACAGAUUUGAUCCGUUGGUGUGAUCGGCGUAGAAUUGACCUCAGUGGAUGCUUCGACCGCGAGGCUGUAUUGGACCGAGUGAUCCAAAUUGCCAAAGAGGAGAUGGCAGAAGCCGAGAAUGAAAGCAGGACCGGUGCGUCUGGCACCUUUUUUGGGACGGUGCGUGUGGCCUCCAGGGUGAAGACGGAUGGCUCCUAUACGAGGCCUCCGACCUUGGACCGUCGCAAUUCAACCUACGGCAACCGCGUCGAACGUUUCAAUGGAGUCGAGUCAGACGUCCUGCCUUGGCUGUACAGCACCGGAGACAAGUCUAGGUUGUACGGUGUGUACUUUGGCAAUGAGUUUGCAUACAGCUUGGUGUGGACAAGGCAAAAGUUCUGGGGCAGACCUGGUUCCAGGUUGAAUCGCUUUGACGAAUGGUGAGAAGCUGAAUUGCUGCGUGGCCUCACAGUGGCAGAGCGUUGGAAAAUAGAUAUUGAGCUGCUGCAUUGGUAGUUUUCAUCGUUGAGGUUUGGGGCAAAAGAAACUAAGAUCCAGCACAGAAGCACAAUGAUGGCUGACUGGUCGCAGGACAUAUAUUGAGCAACACAA